GAAGUGGCUUAUUAUUAUUACACAUAAGUGCCUGUCUCAGAAAAACACGUAGCAUAGUGCUAAGACCUUGAAAUCUCCGUUCUUUAUUUAUUUAUUUAUUUAUUUAUUUAUUUAUUUAUUUUGUUGAUGUGUGUUUUUUUAACUUCUAUUUUACUAGACAAAAUAGUACACUUUGCUAUUAACAAUAAAAUAAUAUAAUAACUUGUUAUAAAUGAUUGUUAAAUUAUUUAGCUUUUUUUGGAUAUUGAUGAAUGUUGUAGAUACUUUUCCAAGAAAAAAAUACAAUUUUAAUGUACCAUGUGAAGUGAAAAGAACAGUUCUAAAUCCUAUGGCUUAUUCAAUGGUGCAUUUGGAUUGGCUGAUGAAUAGUAGGCAAGAUCCAGAAGUUAGACCAGGACUCUAUCAAGGUGACAUUGCCAUGACUAAUGAGGAUUAUAAUUAUUUGCGUGUUGGUCUUCGUUGGGAUGUAUUUUCUAAUAGAAUGUGGAAAAAUAGAAUUGUGCCUUAUGUUAUUAGUCCACUUUACAGAGCUCCAGAGUAUAUAAAAAUACUCAAAACAUUAAUAUAUUUAAAAUCUAUGACUUGUAUUAAUUUUGUGCCACGGGAUAAAUUCGCCAGAGACUAUAUUAUUUUUGAGCCCACGCACAAUCCUGACGGAUGCUGGUCAUAUAUUGGAAAAAUUGGAGGAGCUCAAUUAGUAAGCCUUGAGCCUCCAGAUAAUAUAAAACAAAAUUGUUUUAAUGGUCAGGGUUUUAUUAUUCAUGAAGUGUUACAUGCACUUGGUAUUUUCCACGAACAAUCUCGAGCAGAUCGUGAUAAUUUUGUUAAUAUUCAUUAUGAAAACAUCAUACCAGGGGAAUUGGUUAAUUUUAGGAAAGAAAGUCUUGAAAAUACAACAUACAGUUAUGAGUAUGAUUAUCAUAGUAUCAUGCAUUACGGAAGUUUUUCCUUCAGUAUAGAUCGAUUAAGAAAACCAACGAUAACAUCAAAAAUACCAGGUAUUACCGUUGGACAAAGAGAAAAUAUGACAAAAACUGAUUGUCUCAAGGUUAAUAAACUUUAUGGAUGUUUAGAUGAUCCAUCUGAAGCCAAAAAAUGGAACGCUAUUUGCAGUACACUUGAAAUUUAAAUUUAAAAAUUAAGAUACUGGCCAAAUGUCUGCUUCAUGAUACUCUAAACAUUUCCAGUAUUUUUUAAUUAUAUCAGAUAAAUUAUAUCCUCGAGAAUCAUUGACAAGAAUUUCAAUUGUAUUCUCUAAAUCAUCAAAUAUAUUAGCCAAAUUAUCCUAGAAUAAAAAUAAAAAUAAUUCAAGUUGUUUUUUUUUAUUAUCAA